AUGUCACCACCGCGUCGCCAUAGUUCACGAAGUAGCAAAAAAGCUAUCGCUGAUUUCGGAAAGCCAUUUAUUAAAUCUUCACGCGCACAAAGUAAUGCUACUGUUAAAUAUACUGAAACUAAACCGAAAGAUGCCUGGGCUACUCUCGUGCCCUCGGGUGAGACGUGUAAUAGUCUAAUACCUAUUUAUUUGACUGACAACACUCAUUACUUGGGAGCUCAACCUGAAGAUGGCGUUUUUAAGAGUCUAUUAGCUGACCCUAGAAUCGACGUGCUACACUGUGCUAUUUUUAAAGAAUAUAAAGAGUCUAUAGGAACAAUCGUAAAAUUACAAAAUUUAAGUCAAGAUGGUGCUGUUCGAGUUUUAGAUCGUGAUUUAAUGUCUAAACAAUAUGUCGAAUUAAAAGAUGGCGAUUAUAUACGAUUUCCUUCUUCAAAAGGUCAUUGGUAUAUUUAUAGAAUUGAGAUCGAUUUAAAAUCAAAAGUUAUGUUUCAUAGUGUAUACGAUAUUAAAGGUACUCUUGGAAAAGGUCAUUUUGCUGAAGUAAUGUUAGCUACUCCUAAAAAUUCUAUCGCUGGUAAUGAAUCAAGAUUACAAGAGUAUGCCGUAAAAAUUAUUGAUAAAAGUAACAUGACGAAAAAUUUUAAUGAACAAAAACUUCAUGAUGAAAUUAUAGUAAUGUACAAGAUUUCUCAU